AGCAGAAGGCAAAGCGGAAGGGAAGAAGGGAAGCGCCGCCGCCAUGGGCCGGGGAGCCGCGCUCCCGCUGGCCGCCCUCUGCCUGGCCGCCCUCUGCGCCGCGGGCGGCGCGCGGAGCCGUUGGGCGCGUGAGGCCGGCGGCGAGGAGACCGUUGAGAGCUGUGGAAACUUUUCUACCUGUGUUUUGUGUAACGACAAUGACACACAUGGAAUGGACUGCCAGUGGAUCAAGUGUGCUGGUACAAGCAACAUCUGUGUAAAAAGAGCAGAAGUAAAUAGCUCAACGUAUAACGAAUGUAUGGUUGAAGAUUGUUCAUCUCUUACAACUCCUCCUCCUGUUACUACGCCGUCAUCCAAUACCACAACACCACCUUCCAAUUCUACUACAGCGUCUUCCAAUGCUACCACAACAACUUCUGCUACCACAGCUCAUCCUACUAUAGCUAACACCACCAAUGCAACUACACAUGCUCCUAUGCCUACAACCACCGUUACUCCAGUCACAACAACCAGUACUCCAGGUACAAAUGCUACUGUGACUCCUGCACCUUCUUCCCGCAAGUCUACAUUUGAUGCUGCCAGCUUCAUAGGUGGAAUUGUCCUUGUUCUGGGUCUGCAGGCUGUUAUUUUCUUUCUGUACAAAUUCUGCAGGUCAAAAGACCGAAACUACCACACACUUUAAGACCUGUCACUUUAUAAUGGACUAGUAGCCCAACACCUGUAGUUCACUGAACCAAAAUAUUUUCUGUUGCUCAUGGAAGACAGCAGUUCAUAAUAUCCUUUAAAUUUCUAAGAGAAGACUUCAAAAGAAUAUUUUUGCAACAUUAUACUUGGCAAGAGGUAAUAUGAAUCUCUCCAACAGGAUUACUUGCAAUAUGCUGCAUGGGUUCUAAUGGCUGUCUUUUCUUUAAUGGCUGCUGAUGUGGGACUUUUGUUUUUUUGAUAUGCCAAAUGUAGAUGUUCAGAGUCUCUUACUCAGUGGCAACACUGUCUUGAGUAGACAAUCUCAUGACUUCCUAUGAAGGCUGAUUUAAUCAACAUUUGAUACAGUAUCCCUUCAGUUUUAUUAAGAUGUGAAUUAUUGGUGACUGACUUCAGGGAGUGAAAUACCAUUUUUUCUAGCUUGUGGCUUGCACAGCGUGUUGCUAGAAAGGUGAACAAAAUUGUAGAAGUAGAUAAUGUCAUAGUGGAAUCAAAGAACCCUUUUUUCUUUUUUAAACGGGGAAAAAAAAAAAGUUGCCUGAUAAAAUAAUGCAUUCCAAACAGAAAUCCCCUGCCCUUUCCAGCUAAUGUUGAAGGUGGAGAAGGGAUGUAUGGAUAAUGCUCGUAAAGGGGAAGUGAAGAUUAGUGCCUUAAAAGACUAAAAAUUAGUAGGCUGCAAAAGCGUCCCACCUAUCAAAGGUAAAUAAAACUUACUAGGUACUAGCUUUAUAUAGGAGAAAGGAGUAUGUGUGACUUAAGCAUUCCAGUUUCAAAAUCUUCUGCAUUGAAUAACUGUCCCUUGCUGACCUUGUUUGCAAGUGAAGGGAGUAUGGUACAGUAAUGUUCAGCUACAAACUAGCUGUAAGUCGUUUACCUUUUUGUUCUGGCAUGCAAAGACCAUAAAACUGAAGUGAUAAAGUACAGUUCGCUCCCUGUGUGAAAAGGCAACGAUUUACAUUUAUACUUGAAAUACUGGUGUUUGGGGAAAUCCUGACUUACCUUAUUCAAAUGCAACUUGAUUUCAGUUUUGUUCUUUUUUUUUUUUUUAACCUUCCUGUGUUUGCUUGCUGCAGGAGCAAUUAAGGGUAGUCAGAGGAUCUGCUGAUUUGAUCCAAGUCAGGAUUGCUGUAGUCCUGGUAGUGUCAGGGCUGUAUCUUCCAUGAGCCUCAUUCCUGGUAUCAGGUUUGUUUGACACUGCAGGAAACUGGUUAAGGGAACGUACUCAGCCAAAUGCUUUUCUUUCUUUUUUUUUUUUUUUUUUUUCCCUCCUUGGCUGGAUCACCCCUGUAAUCUGAGUGUAAGCAAAGGUACGUCAUUUCCAAAGUAGACCUACUUGAAGACCCGCAAAGAUAACCCCACAGGAAAAACUGAAGUAAAGAUAAAAUGAAACGGUGGGUGUAGCACAUGAGAGUAGCUCUUGAUGAUACCGCUUGAUCAUCAAUUUCAGGAUAAUCUGUAGUACUGUCUUACUAGCUCUAAUCUGACUUAAAUUUGGCAGAAAUGCAACAAAAGGAUAGCAUUCAUGCAGGUAAUACUCAUGGCGGUGUAGCUUAGACACGAAGCAAAUCAAGUGCACUUCAUUUGCAGAUCACUUAAGUGCACAGUGUUGCUUUCUUAUGUUGUAGUUUGAAUGGCAUUGUUUCUGUUGUGCUGCAUAGAAAACUCAAAUUACUACAAAAUACAAAGGUUAUUCUCCAGUACUGUAUCCUUGAGUUCACGAGCUUCUGGUUUUUCUAAGCAAACCUAAGACAAUCAGCUCAGGUUUAUUAAAACAGAAGUAAGCAGCCAGCUUCCAGCAACAGUGUGUGUGGGUUAGAUGGUAUAUCCUUGGCCUUAUUGUGAAAUCACUUAAUCUCUCCUUUCCCUAUCUCAGAACUAUUUUAGUACCUUUAUUUGUUUAAGAAGAUAUCCAUGAGCUUGUAUUCUGUGCUUUGAAGUGAGCAAAAUACUCUCCUAAAGUGUGACAGAGUUCUCAGCUCAGCAAAGCAAACUGUAUUCAUAGUGUGUUAUAUAUAUAUUUUUUUGCCUCCAAGGGCUAUCUUUUUGGAAACUUGCAGAAAAAUGCUACAGAACACUUCAUAGCAUGGAAGACGUUGCCACCAAAAAAAAAUGUUGCUCUGUAAUAUGUUGCUAAAAUGCUUAUUCAUGAGCUAUGCUGAUUCUGAUUUAGGUUGUAAAAUACACUGAUAAAGCAAACGAAGAUAAUUUUCAAGUGCCUUAAAAUUGCUUAAUCUUUUGCCUCUAAUUUUGUUUAAAAGGGUAGAAGGGAUACCUUGCCUUAGUUACUAAAUUUUUCUUGGUGCCAGCAGUGGCUACUUUCCAAGACUUUAGGAAACCCAGGAUCUCUGACAUGUACAGAUACCAGUCUGAAAAACUCGAGCUUGUACUGUGUCAGUUCAGUUGUGUUCCGGAAGGCCUGCGUUGUGCAUUGCUUGCUCAUUAGCCUUGCUGACGAGGUGUAAUCCACAGCUUCCAGAGUUGGGGCUGGGGUCAUUCUCUGUUCAGCAGUUGGUGGGGAGGGGGCCUGGGUUGUACGUCUCCACCCUGUGCUUGGCUGCCUCACUGUAGAAGCAAAUUACUCCUUUGCGAUGUUGCAGUAUUGGCUGCUCUGUGCUGUGUAAUAGCAAAUAACCCGAAGUAACAACUUGCAGUUUUUUUCGGCCUUGUGUUUUGAAGUGGAAGGUAGCUCAUAGAUCUGUAGUUUUAUUUGCCCCUAAAUCAAUUUUAGGCACUGAACUGUAGUGACUCUUCAAGUUAUCUGGCUUUUUCUUGAAGCCAAUUGUGCAAAUAUCAAGCUGUUAUCUUAUGAAUGUUCUUUGCAAGUGUUGCUGUAAAAGUUUAUUUUGUCUUCAGUGGAAGAAAACUGAAACAGUUGUAAUCACAAAACCAAACUGAUAAAUAAAAUCUGUUGAAUGGAA